AUGGCAAUUUUCUGUUUUGUUUCUACAGACAUUUUCAGACACGUAAAAAGAAGAGACUGGGAGAGUGUAUGUAUCCCUACCACACACAUCAGCCCGACCCAAAACUGUGGCUGUGAGGACCUGAGAAGAGAAUCCCUCCCCUGUCAACACUGCGUGGAGUCAUCAGCAGGGACAGAGGGUGUGCAAGGGUUUGUGGAGUCAGCAGCAGUGACGGGGAGUCUCCAAGGGUUUGAUGACAUCGUGUGCUACGGGCUGGGAAGAUUCUCCAGUUGUGUGACGGCGAGAUAUCAGCUGGGGUUUCUUCUGCUGCUUACAGAUGUUUUAGAUGUCCCCGGCAGCUGCUUUGUCUACGAUCCUCUCUUCUCAUCCAGUGAGAAACAGCUGCUGGAGAAACUUGGGUUUCAACUUAUACAGAAGAAUGAGGAAGGUAAGAGACCAGUAAACAGAAGAACCCUGUUCUACAUGCCCCACUGUGGGAAGCCCCUGUACAACAACCUGCUGUGGUCCAACUGGGGACCACAACUCAGCAACCUAGCCGUGCUGGGGAACAGUCUGUCCAACAUGGCUCUCAGGUUGUUAUUUUUGUUUGUUUAAACCUUUCUUUAUUUCAAUUACUUUAUUUAUUUAUUAAUUUCAUACACACAAACAGACACCAAAUGUGCUCGGAACAGGCACAAUACAAGCACAGGGAGAGGUAUUGUGGCUAAUACGGCAGAAAUAAAAGAUUUGUCUGAACAUGCAUGAUAUAGUAGAGCAUGGUCCAAACAUGUGAGGGGCCGCAACCUUUAACCUGGCUCAUGAGCAGUUUAAUCUGUGAAUGCGCUUAUUGUACAGGCCCUGAGUGAACCCUCACAUGUGCCAAUGAUACUGUAACAGUACAGUGCCUGAAACUCUUGUCCUCAUCUAAUCACAGAACCAAGGUUUAUUUGUUAGGCGGUACUGAUCUUAACUAAACUGUUUGAGCUUUAUUUGUUGAAUAUUUUUUAUACUUCCAGAUGCACCAGCAAAGAGUUGGAGAAGGCAGCAUUCUACAUACACAGUAUCUUAGACUACACAAAGGAGUUCCCCCUGCCAAACAAGUUUCACUUUCAGGACAUCUUUAACGACACGUCCCUUCAUCUGUUUCCCGUGACGGACAGGUCCCCGCCCCCGUCGCUAUGGCAACAGGCGGCGGAACCCGUCUACGACCUUGACUGGCAGGAGGAGAUUAUUACCAACUGUGACAAGUGACGGGUAUCAUACCAGAGUUCAUGUGUGUAGAUAAGGCAAAAGGAAUCACCUUUAAUUUAUUAAUAAAAUGUUUGGCCUAUGCUGCCUGGAAAUGUGU